AACAGUUGCAGUGUGAUUGUCAUUAAUAUAUUUUAUAUAUGUAUUUUAUAUUAAUGUGGAAUCACAGCCUUGUGGCUCCUUACCCUGAGCCACUCCUCUGUGUGUUUGUAAUGCAAAACAUUGGUUAAUAAUAAUAAUAAUAAUACAGGCUUUUAUUGCUCUGUGUUUGGUUUUUGUUUUUUUUUUUUCCCCCCCUGGUUCCUGCCCCCCGUGUCCUUUCCCUGCAGUUUUCUGGGGAUAAAUUUCCCUUCUCAACCCACUGUUAAACACCUUUUCCAGGAAAAAUGUGGAUUUGUGAGAAGCUUGCCUGUGGUAGUGAGCUCUUGCUUUUAGCAAGCAAUAAUGUUUUCUUUUUAAUAUGAAUCUGCAAUUACAGGAGCAAAAGGCUGAGUGAAUGUUCCUUCAAACAAGUCCCCAACGAUGCUCAGAGGAUCUAAAACUCCCCUGAAAGUUAAAGAAAAUGAGAGUGGUUGUCCUGAAGAGAAGGAAAAGGUUUCUUUCCCUCCAUCAAGAGACCAGAAGAGCUGCAAAGUGACCAAAUCCAAAGUCAUCAGACCAUCCAGAAAGGAGAAUUUCACUGAUGGGAACCAGACACAGCCACCAAAACGUGCCCUGAAAUGCCCCAAAAGCCGCAAGCAGAAUUUGGGUCGCCCCCAGGGUGAUGGGAGCUGUUUUGGGGUGUCUGGGGGGGAUGUGCUCAGUGACCCCCCCUUGCCUUUGCACACCAAGGAGGAUUUUUCCAGCAGCAGAGCUGCUCCCUUGGGAAAUGACUUUGCCACUCCUCAGAGGGGCGAAGUGGAAGGAAAACCUGAUUUUGGGCUAUCUGAACAGAGGAAAAAACCUGUGGAUUUUGCUGCUGUGAUAAGUGCUCAGUUUGGGAUUGCUCAGGAAAGUUCUGGCAAAGGACCCAUGGGGCCUUCCCCAGCUUCACUAAAAUUUAGGAGAAGAUCAACAAUUGGCUUGAGGGGCUCACCAGAAAACAACUCCCUGAUCCGCUACCUGGCCCAGCAGAGGAGCAGCAGGCAGAAAGAAACUUUCACCCAGAUCAGUCCUUUUCAACCUGUGAGGUCAAAUGUGAGGUCACUGAAGGACAAGAUCGAUUCUUUCCAAGCCUCCUUUGAAUCCCUGCAGGAAGCUGAGGGGGAGCCUGGGCUCUCACACCUGGGGCAAGGAGGUUCCUCUCAGGACAAAACACCUUUUAAAAAAGAGCCCAGCCUGGAGCAGUGGAGUGAAAAGUUCAUGUUGGCCAACAGAGGAGCUGCUUUGAAAGAAAAUAUAAAUGAAAAUGGGAGCAGGAGUGAGCUCAGGAUCUGCAGCAUCUUGUCCCCACAGCGAGCUGUGACUGCCACUGACCCUGCUGCUGCAAAGGAAUGGGUUUAUGAGCAGCAAAAUCCUAUUAAAUCCUUGGAGACUGUUCUGACUGGAGAUACCCUGGAAAAAGGCUGUGUUCACAGGUGUCACCACAGUGGCUCUGGCAGUGAUGAUGUCUCAGACCCCGGAACAAGGAGAGCUGGGCUUGUGGAAGAUGUGAACUUGGAAAUUCUGGGAGGACUCCAAGGCCCUGUGACACCCCUGGGACCAGGGGACACUGAAGAUGUGAGCCUGGGAAUGCUGAGGGGACUCCAAGGCCCUGUGUCACCCCUGGGACCACGGGACACUGAAGAUGUGAGCCUGGGAAUGCUGAGGGGACUCCAAGGCCCUGUGUCACCCCUGGGACCAGGGGACACUGAAGAUGUGAGCCUGGGAAUGCUGAGGGGACUCCAAGGCCCUGUGACACCCCUGGGACCAGGGGACACUGAAGAUGUGAGCCUGGGAAUGCUGAGGGGACUCCAAGGCCCUGUGACACCCCUGGGACCAGGGGACACUGAAGAUGUGAGCCUGGGAAUGCUGAGGGGACUCCAAGGCCCUGUGACACCCCUGGGACCAGGGGACACUGAAGAUGUGAGCCUGGGAAUGCUGAGGGGACUCCAAGGCCCUGUGACACCCCUGGGACCAGGGGACACUGAAGAUGUGAGCCUGGGAAUGCUGAGGGGACUCCAAGGCCCUGUGACACCCCUGGGACCAGGGGACACUGAAGAUGUGAGCCUGGGAAUGCUGAGGGGACUCCAAGGCCCUGUGACACCCCUGGGACCAGGGGACACUGAAGAUGUGAGCCUGGGAAUGCUGAGGGGACUCCAAGGCCCUGUGACACCCCUGGGACCAGGGGACACUGAAGAUGUGAGCCUGGGAAUGCUGAGGGGACUCCAAGGCCCUGUGACACCCCUGGGACCAGGGAGCUUUCCCAGCAGUGACCUCUCCCAGAGCAGCUCCCUGCUGAGAUCCAUCCUGAAGAAAACCCCAGGGAGGGAGCUCAGGGACAGCCCCAAGGAAUACUUAAACAGUGCCACUGACAGAGGAAGAGAUGAAUCUGCUGCAGUCUCCAGUUGUGUAAAAACCUCUGAAACGUUGAAAACAGAGACAACUGCCAGUCAGAGCUCCAAAACACCAAAGAAGAAAAAAGUGACUUUUGGGGAAGUUCUGAGCCCUGAAAUCUUUGACCAGAGCCUGCCUGCCAACACCCCCUUACGCAGAGGAGCCUCCCCAGGCUGUCCCCAAGGACACAGCCCCUGGGCCAGGCCAGGACUCUCCAAGGAGCCUUUGCCCCUCCUGGAUUUUGGUUUGGAUGAGGAAGGUGUUAAGCCUCUCCCAGAACUCCUGGAAGGUUCUGUUGCUGCAGAAGCCCCUUCACCUGUUGAAAAUGCAGAAGUAGCAGAGGCUGACAAACCUGACAUAACUUGUUCUUCUGCUAAAAGGAAGCAGGGCAGGGCCGUGGCAGAGGACACUGACUGCAGCAGCUGGGGAGCCACAAACCCUGAGGGUGACAAAACCACUGAAAAUCCACAGAGGAGCAAGAUCCAGAGACAGAAGAACCCAACCACAGCUGCUCCCAAGAAGGCCAAGAAAACAAAAUACCCAAGCUUUGGGAAAAGAAGAAAGAAAAAAGUCAAGAAAUCUUUGUAUGGGGAAAGAGAAAUGGCUUCAAAGAAACCCCUUCUCAGCCCUAUCCCUGAAAUUCCAGAGGUUUUCUCUUGUGCCUCCUCUCCAAACUCACCACUUUUUACAGAGAGCACGGCUGUGGCUGAGCCCGAGCCCGGGGCCCCUCCCCUGCGGCCCCGGGCUGGAAGGACUCAUGGCCGGGGGCUCCCGGAGGAGGCAGCAGCCCCCGGCCCCGGGCCCGGAGCCUCCGAGGUGCCGGGGAGCCUGGAGCCAGCUGCUGCCACUGCUGCUGAGUUUUCAAAUGCAGUGCCAGAUGCAAAAGGUGACUUGGAUGCAUCUGAGUAUUUCCAGCAAGGCAAAGAGACUCCAUGUGGAAAAGAAGCAAAAGCAAGCAGUUCCUUGUUAGAAAAGGAGGAAUUACAAAGGAAUCUCCUAAGUGGGCUGGAAAUUCUGGAACAACAGGAUGUACAGGAGGGUGCCCAGCGAGCCAAGUGCCCUCAGAAGGAUUCUGUCAGAGGUCUGGCAAGGAGGAGAAGAAGAAGCAGCAGUGCCUUCUACUUCCCUCCUGUGGAAAACUUGGAAAUAACCGGGGCACAUCUUCCAGUUUGCUCUUACAACGUGGAAGAAGUUCUGUCGGUGUCCCAGGUCAAGGAGGGGUCCCUGCAGGCCGGCAGGAGGAGCAGCAGGGCCAGCGCUGAGCUCAGGGUGAGGCGCAGCAUGAGGCUGAGCAGGGAUGCAGCAAGUGAGGGGCUUGCAUGGAUCCAGCUCCCCAGAGAGGCUCCCAGGCAGCCUCCCCUGGCCCCUGCUCCCAGAGCCAGGAGAAGCAGCAGCAAAACAUCUUCACACGUUCACCACCGGGAGCAAAAGCUGCUCCCCCUGCCAGCCCCGGGCACGGAGAAUGAGGGCUCUGCUCCUCUGGCUGCUGCUCCUGCCAGGAGCUGGAGGAGGAGGAGGAGCCUCUGUGAAGACACAGCUCGGGAAACGCCCUGGGUUCCCACCCAGAGGAGGAGAAGCACAAAUUGUGGGUGUGGGAAGGACAGGAGUAACCAAAAACACUUGGAAGCAGCAGAAACUCUUGAGCUAAGGUUGAAAGAUGCUGCAGGCAUCUCUGAUUUUCUGAAGUGAAGGUGCUUCUUGGAGCUCGUGUUGUCUCUCACGUGCAGUUGCCUUCUCUUUCCCACUUGUAGUUCCUCACUUAUUUUCUUACUCCUUUUCUGGACAACUUGGAGCUCAUUUUCCUUGUUUUUUGAUGUCUAAAAUGCUUGAAGAUCUGAACUGUGUGGCAGACUGGCUCUGGUGCAGUUAUGGCAGGUAAUAAAGAAAAUAAAAUUCUUCUCCCUGAUAAAUGUGAGUUUGUCCUUAGCAGUUAAACCAGGGUGUCAAAUGUAUCCUUCCAGCUACUGCUGCUCCAAGGGUUUGUUUCCCACGUGCUUGACCAUCCCCUGUAAAUUACUGCUUUAAUCUGCAUAUAUUUAGUGUAUAAAUACACUAAGAAGAAAUUGUCUGCAACAACUGAAGGAAUCACUUCUUGAAAGGGAAGAGAAGGAAGUGGGG